AUGAAUUCCAACAACGAAGGAAAAAUGGAUGUUUUAAAUAAUAUUGAUGAUCAAUUUAAAGAGUUACUUGAACUAAUUGAAAAAGAAAAAGUUUCAUCAUUUUCAAUGAAACAUUUUGAUCGAUUAAAAAAAAAGAGAAAAACUUCGAAAAAAAAAUGGUUUAUUAUUGGUUUUCUUAUAUUAACAUUGAUAUCUAUGUAUUUUAUUUUAUUAAAUGAACAAUUAACUUAUAAUAUCUAUUUUGUAUUCUUGUCAUUUGUUCGAUUAAUACUUAUUAAAAUUCUUCCAUAUUGGAAUUGGACGAAGAUUUAUACAAACUUAUGUUUUAUUGCCAAUCCAUUUUUUAAUAAUUCAUUGGACGUAUCGGAAUGCAAUAAAUGUGUUAAUACAACGGAAAUAAUCAAACAAUCGAAUAUAACUUUUUUUAAUUUUACCAAAAGUAUAUAUCUUAAUCAUUUACCUGUUAUUAUUGAUGAUGCAACAGACAGCUGGCCAGCAAUGAAAGAAUUAACACUAAAAAAAUUAUUUCAACUUUUUAUUGAAGAUCCUGUUCUUGCUGAAAAUGAUCUCUGUUAUUUUGAAACAAAUAUUCGUAAUUAUAAUCAAGCGGAAGGUGCUGAUCGACUUUUUAAUGAUUAUAUUAAUGGUAAACGGCGUUCAUUUAUUGGCCAAUGGAAUAAUUGUAAACGAGAAACAUUGAAAGUUAUUCGAUCAUAUUAUAAUAAACCUUAUUUUUUACCACCAUCUGUUACACAAACAUUAAUGGGAAAUUGGUUUUUAGUGUCAGCUGGUUUUCAUAAAGGGACGGAUUAUUUACAUAGAAUUCCUUUGAAUUAUGAUUGGGUUUGGUUAGCACAAAUUCAAGGUUCAAGUUUAAUUGAACUUCGACCAAAACAUCCAUGUGAAACGAUAUGUUCCAUAUUAAAAUCUGUUACAUUGAAUAAAGGAGAUUUAAGUAAUGAUUGCUUUUUUUUGGCAAAAGAAUCUUAUUGGACAAGAUGA